AUGGUUCUCAAGUCCUCCUUCACUAUGCUCGUCGUCGCCUCCUUGGCUGUCUUCGGCACCUACACCCCCCAGGCUGAGGCCCACUCCUGGGCCGACUGCAUCGACUGGAAGUUCAACAAGUCCGGCGGCAAGCAGGACUGGUCCGACAAGGGAGGCAAGUGCGUCGGUUUUGCCCGUCGCUUCCCCCUCCACAAGGCCUUCGGCUCCCUCGACUCUGCUGAUCCCUCGCGCCACUACCAGCAGGUCCACAAGAACCCUAACUCUGCCCUUGCUUGCUCCAACGGCAAGGCUGGUGCCGAGCCCGGCUCUGACGAGACCCGUGCCAACCCUCCCUCCAAGGCCUACGGUGGCAAGUAUGGUCAGAUGACCGUCACCUCCGUCGGUGACACCCUCUGUGUCCGCUGGCCCGCCAAGAACCAUGCCAAGAAGAACGAGCCUAACAACAUGGUCCAGAUCAACUUGUCCAAGGCCAAGGACGCCAAGGAUAUCUCCCAGCAGGAGUUGCUCAAGAACACCAUCGCCCGCUUGCCCUACAAGAACUGCAACGCCGGAUCCAACGAGGACCGUCGUGCCUGCGGUGGAUGCUUCAAGGUUCCCGUCCGUGCCAAGGGUACCUACCUCCUCCAGUGGCGCUGGAUGUUGAACUCCAACGAGUGGUACACCUCCUGCGCCGAUAUCCAGAUCAAGUAA